GCCAUGGUGCCCUGCUGGAAUCAUGGCAACAUCACACGCUCCAAGGCAGAGGAACUGCUGGCUAGGACGGGCAAGGAUGGGAGCUUCCUCGUGCGUGCCAGCGAGUCCAUUUCCCGGGCCUACGCCCUCUGUGUGCUGUUUCGAAACUGCGUCUACACUUACAGAAUUCUGCCCAAUGAAGAUGAUAAAUUCACGGUUCAGGCGUCGGAAGGUGUUCCCAUGAGGUUUUUCACCAAGCUGGACCAGCUCAUCGAGUUCUACAAGAAGGAGAACAUGGGGCUUGUAACCCACCUGCAGUACCCCGUGCCGCUGGAGGAAGAGGAUGCGGGUGAUGAACCCGAAGAGGAGACGGAAUGCAUCACGUGUCCGCCUGAGUUGCCCCCCAGGAACAUCCCUUUGUCGGCUGGGCCCUCCGAGGCCAAGGAAGUUCUUCUUUCAAGCGAGAACCCUCGAGUACCGGAGUUCAGCAGGCCCACGCUCUCCGAGACGUUACUUCAGCGGCUACAGAGCAUGGACACCAACGGGCUUCCGGAAGAGCAUCUGAAAGCCAUUCAGGAAUAUUUAAGCACGCAGCUCACCCUGGACUGUGAGUUUGUGAAAACGGGCUCAAGCAACCUCCCGAACCUGAAGAAACUGACCACCCUCCUGUGCAAGGAGCUUUAUGGUGAGGUGGUCCGGACCCUUCCCUCCCUGGAGUCUCUGCAGUGCCUGUUUGACCAGCAGCUCUCCCCUGGCCUCCGUCCACGUGCUCAGGUGCCUGGUGAGGCCAAUCCUGUCAACAUGGUGGCCAAGCUCAGUCAACUGACAAGUCUGCUGUCCUCGAUUGAAGAUAAGGUCAAGGCCCUGUUACACGAGGGUCCUGAGUCUCCUCACCGGCGCUCCCUUAUCCCUCCAGUCACCUUUGAGGUGAAGUUGGACUCUUUGGGGAUCCCUCAGAAAGUGCAGCUCAAGGUGGAUGUGGAGUCAGGGAAACUGAUCGUUAAGAAGUCCAAGGAUGGGUCCGAGGACAAGUUUUACAGCCACAAGAAAAUCCUGCAGCUCGUCAAGUCUCAGAAGUUUCUUAACAAGUUGGUGAUUGUGGUGGAGACAGAGAAGGAGAAGACCCUGAGGAAAGAGUACGUCUUUGCUGACUCUAAAAAAAGAGAAGGCUUCUGCCAGCUUCUUCAGCAGAUGAAGAACAAGCACUCAGAGCAGCCAGAGCCCGACAUGAUCACCAUCUUCAUCGGUACCUGGAACAUGGGUAACGCCCCCCCUCCCAAGAAGAUCACGUCCUGGUUUCUCUCCAAGGGGCAGGGCAAGACACGGGACGACUCAGCCGACUAUAUCCCCCAUGACAUCUAUGUGAUCGGGACCCAGGAGGACCCCCUGGGGGAGAAGGAGUGGCUGGAGAUUCUCAAACAGUCUCUACAGGAAAUCACCAGCAUGACCUUUAAAACGAUGGCCAUCCACUCCCUGUGGAAUAUGCGCAUCGUGGUGCUGGCCAAGCCAGAGCAUGAGAACCGUAUAAGCCACAUCUGUACAGACAACGUCAAGACCGGCAUAGCCAACACAUUGGGGAACAAGGGAGCCGUGGGAGUUUCCUUCAUGUUCAAUGGCACCUCUUUGGGAUUCGUUAACAGCCAUUUGACUUCGGGAAGUGAAAAGAAACUCAGGAGAAACCAAAACUACACGAACAUUCUCCGGUUUCUGGCCCUGGGAGACAAGAAGCUGAGCCCCUUUAACAUCACUCACCGUUUCACCCACCUCUUCUGGCUCGGAGAUCUCAACUAUCGUGUGGAGCUGCCCAUCUCGGAAGCAGAAGUCAUCAUCCAGAAAAUCAAGCAGCAGCAGUAUACAGACCUCCUGGCCCACGACCAGCUUCUCCUGGAGAGGAGAGACCAGAAGGUUUUCUUGCACUUUGAGGAGGAAGAAAUCACAUUUGCUCCGACCUACCGUUUUGAAAGACUGACUCGGGACAAAUACGCCUACACUAAGCAGAAAGCAACAGGGAUGAAGUACAACUUGCCCUCAUGGUGUGACCGGGUCCUCUGGAAAUCGUACCCACUGGUUCAUGUGGUGUGUCAGUCCUAUGGUAGCACCACUGACAUCAUGACCAGUGACCACAGCCCCGUCUUCGCCACGUUUGAGGCAGGGGUCACCUCCCAGUUUGUCUCCAAGAACGGCCCGGGGACAGUAGACAGCCAAGGACAGAUCGAGUUUCUCCGAUGCUACGCCACCUUGAAGACUAAGUCCCAGACGAAAUUCUACCUGGAGUUCCACUCCAGCUGCUUGGAGAGCUUUGUCAAGAGUCAGGAAGGAGAAAAUGAAGAAGGAAGCGAAGGGGAGUUGGUGGUGAAGUUUGGUGAGACUCUUCCCAAGCUGAAGCCCAUUAUCUCGGACCCCGAGUACCUACUGGACCAGCACAUCCUGAUCAGCAUUAAGUCUUCUGACAGUGACGAGUCCUACGGUGAGGGCUGUAUUGCCCUAAGGCUAGAGGCCACAGAAACCCAGUUCCCCAUCUAUACGCCUCUCACCCACCACGGAGAGAUGAUGGGACAUUUCCGGGGGGAGAUUAAGCUGCAGACAUCCCAAGGCAAGAAGAGAGAGAAGCUGUACGACUUUGUGAAGACGGAGAGGGAUGAGCCCAGUGGACCCAAGACCCUGAAGAGCUUCACCAGCCAUGACCCCACGAAGCUCCUGGAGCCCACCAACAGGGUCCUUCUAUGCGGUGGCCCCACCGAGAUUAUCAACCCCAACUACAUGGGCAUGGGACCCUUUGGAAAGCAGACCCUCUCCCCUGACCACCAACCCACCGCCUGGAGCUAUGACCUGCUGCCCAAGGACACCUCCCUUGGACCUGGAAGGGGGGAGAGUCCUCCCACACCACCCUCCCAACCGCCAAUAUCACCCAAGAAGUUCUCAUCUUCGACAGCAGUCCGGGGCCCCUGCCCCAGGACACAGGAGUCCAGGCCCAGCGACUUGGGGAAGAACGCAGCCGAGCCCUCGCUGCAGGAGGAGCCGGAGAUGUUUGAGAACCCGCUGUAUGGGUCUGUGAGCUCCUUCCCUAAGCUGGUCUCCAGGAAAGAACAAGAAUCUCCCAAGAUGCUGAGGAAGGAACCCCCGCCCUGUCUGGACCCCACAAUCGCCUCCCCCACCAUCUUGCUCACCAAAGUCCAGGAGGCCGAGAGCUCCAAGGGAGCUAGCAAGACCCCCACGCCCUUCCUCAGCCCGACGCCCCGGCUUCGCUCCUUCACCUGCUCAUCCUCAGCUUCAGAGGGCAAGGCGGCAGUCGGCAAGGAAAAGAACCCAGGGAAGCCCAAGCCCCCGGCCAGUCCCCCAGCCCCAGUGCCAGCCAAGAGGCCCGUGAAGCCGUCCCGGUCAGAGAUGAGCCAGCAGCCCCGGCCACCCCUGCCCAUCAAGAGUCCAGCUGUGCUCCACCUGCAACACUCCAAGGGCCGGGACUACCGUGACAACACCGAGCUGCCACACCAUGGCAAACUUCGGCCCGAGGAGGGGCCGCUCGGCAGGACUGCCAUGCAGGUAACUGUGCGGGCACGUGUGCGUGCUGAAACCAUCAGGAGCCACCAGGGAGCAGCAAGCAGCCCAGCAGACCCCCUGCAGGACGUCACUGCAAGGCUUCCCAGUGGCCGGGAGUAG